AUGAACCGUAAUGAAACCAUUUCCGCUUAUUUCGAUAAUAUUAUAAAUAUCACUGAUGAUAGCAAUGAUUAUUCUGAUAUUCAAUUAUGUAAUAAUUGCACAAUGACUGACUGUCCGAAGGGUUUCUAUUACAAUGAACAACUAGCGAAAUGUAUCGAUGUGGAUGAAUGCGUCUCCAAUAAACAUUUUUGUUCGCAGAAUUGUAUCAAUAAGCUAGGUGGUUAUGAAUGUGAAUGUUUUAACCCUUUGUAUAAACUGGCUGGAAAUGGUCAUCGAUGUUAUCGUACUGAUAAUGAACCUGUUCUAUUUUUCUUGGCUCAUUCUUAUAGUAUUUGGAACAUAACAUAUAAUGCAAAAUCUCAACUAAAAUUGGUGCCAAACUAUGGAAAGGAAAAAGUGGCCAUGUUCGAUUAUGAUUUCAAGGAAAAGAAAUUAUAUUAUGUGGAUCUAACAAGAAAUUCAAUUGAAUACGUAAAUGUAUUUGAUAGAAAUAAAGUACAUAUUGUACAAAAUCAUGAAGUUGAAGGUACAGAAGGAAUUGCUGUUGAUUGGGUGCAUAGAAAUUUAUAUACCUUACGUCAAAAGCGAUUACAUGUGCAACGUCUUGAUGGUCUUUAUAGAGCAUCACUUUAUAAUUCAUUCUUUCAUUUACCUCGAGCUUUAGUCGCUUAUCCAUCGACACGCGAAUUGUUUGCAACUGAUUGGGGUACAAAUCCAUUUAUAGUUCGACUUGCUAUGGAUGGUAGUGAAGCAAAGAAAAUCAUCACUGAAGAUUUAGUUUGGCCGAAUGCGUUAGCUAUCGACUACUUUGCAAAACGUAUUUAUUGGGCCGAUGCUUUCCGCGACGUUAUUGAAAUCGCAAAUUUGGAUGGAACGAGUCGGCGAAUUGUAAUCGGUGAUAGUCAAUUGGUACCACAUGUUUUUGCAUUGACGGUAUUUGAUGAUAAGAUCCUUUGGAGUGAUUGGACUCGUCGUGAAUUACUAUUUGCUGAUAAACUUACCGGCCAAAAUAUAACGAUGUUGUUGAGGACCGUACUGCCACCAUAUUCCCUCAAGGCGUAUCAUCCAGCUAUGCAAAUAGAAGCUUCUAAUCUUUGUGAAGCGACAACAUGCCAACAUAUUUGUGUACCGAAACUUGAUGGUUCAGGAUCGCAAUGUUUAUGUGCCGAAGGAUUUAUUAUGCAUGAAAGUGGUUUGUGUGAACCAAACUGUACAAAAUAUCAGUUGCUAUGUUCACGACCGGAUCAUAAGUGUCUCAAUUUAAUAUAUCGAUGUGAUGGAUUGUAUAACUGUGGAAAUGGAGACGAUGAAAUGGAAUGUCCAAUACCGAUUUGCAUGCAUGAUGAACGUAUGUUUCCAUGUCGUGAUAAUCGUAAAUGUAUUUUGCGAUCGCAACGAUGUGAUGGUUUCAUAGAUUGCGCUGAUGAAUCCGAUGAAAUGUACUGUGUCGAUUUAGCCAUAGGUUGGAGUCAUUGA